AUGCUUUCCAUACCGCUCUCUUUUGAUUGCUGCAGCGCUGCUGUUCCGCCUUGGCAUACUGAGCGCUGGUUGCAGGCUCUCGAGAAGGGAUGUCACACGGAAUACAGUUUCUUACUGGAAAGCGUGGACCCCCUUCCAGUUAAAUGUUCCAUCGGAGAUGUGGGAUCAGUCCGAACCUCGAGUGCGGAUCACGAACACUGGCAAAGAACAUACGAUAUGAAAUAUAGUUCUCCCCUGAUACCCUGGAAGACUGCUUUAUUAAAGACUCCGAACAGUUGUUCAAAAACCGUUGACGGCGAAGAAGCGUAUCAACAAAUAAACACCUCAGAACUGCCUCACACGUGUCGUUCCGUUCUGUGA